AUGCUGGUGAAGAGAGGUCAGAUGAGCAAUCUCCUUGGCAAUGAAUCUCAUCCAAGAGUCAGCCUGGAACACUUUGACGAGUUCAUCCGCGACGACUAUGUGCCCGAGUUUAUCAAAAUGGAGAAAGAACUUUUCGACGAUCAUGGCACUAAUGGCUCGUCCAUCAACGCGUCAACCAUGGCUUACAUUGGAGGGACGGCGGUCGGAGUGAUCAUCGCUGUGGCUCUCAUCGGAUUCGCCUUGCUCAAGUUGCGCAAAAUCUCACAGAUGAUGCGUUUUAAACACUCUCUACGCACAAAACUUUGGAUGAUUUUCCUGGCGAUAACUAUCUCUGGAAUAAUCUUCUUCAUCAGUCAAUCACAACGGGAUCGAGCGAGCGAUUCCAUGGCUCCAUCAAAGAAGAAUUCUAUCAGAUUAGCAGAGGCACAGUCGUUUGUGCAUCAAAUGAAAGUGCCCAAAUUUCGUGGGAAAUACUGCUGGAAUGGCGAGUGUUUCGUGGUGAGCGAUCUUUGGCGCAACACAGCGCCCGAUCAUCGAGCUCGAGUUGGAGCGUUGACCUU